GGGUGGGGGAGGGAGGCUCCUGUGGCAGAACGGGCUGCUGGGCCGAAGAGAGCCUCGCCCCGGGGACCUCCCAGGUGGCCGCUACAGCCUCCUCUCUAGGACACCGCAGUUGCCAUGGGAACAGUUGUGCAUUAACGGGGAUCAGACUAACCACCACCCCUGCUGGAGCCCAUCCCAUCUCUUUAGUCAAACGCCUCUCACAGGCGUGGGCCUGGCAUUUCUUCCUGGCUCAAGAUUUUACCCCAUGGUUCAGGAUUCCCCCUACUUUUCCCACUUAUCUGACCUUUCCGCGUUAUAAGAAAGCACGCAAGGCUUGAAAGGGUGAGGGAGAAAGAAAGAGGGAAUACCUAGAGGUCAAAGCUGCAGACGCAGGCAUGAGAUGCCAACUGUGAUGCUAAGGUAGCCUCUGCCAUCUCAGGCCAGUGAAAGGGCGGAUUGGAAGGCCGGGCCGUGUGAAGUGGGAAGCAAGUGCCACACUUGAGCCCAAGACUGCUUAAAAGACUGUCCCAAGGGGCUUCUUAUCAUGAUGGCUGUGGAAGGGUCAACCAUUACCAGCCGGAUCAAGAACCUGCUGCGAUCCCCAUCAAUCAAACUGCGAAGGAGUAAGGCAGGAAACCGUCGAGAGGACCUCAGCUCUAAGGUAACCUUGGAGAAGGUGCUGGGAAUCACUGUUUCUGGAGGCAGAGGACUUGCCUGUGACCCCCGAUCAGGUUUAGUUGCCUAUCCUGCUGGGUGUGUGGUCGUGCUGUUUAAUCCCCGGAAACACAAACAGCACCACAUCCUCAAUAGUUCCAGGAAGACCAUCACUGCCGUGGCCUUCUCCCCAGAUGGCAAGUACUUGGUCACGGGAGAGAGUGGUCACAUGCCUGCUGUGCGGGUGUGGGACGUGGCUGAGCAUAGCCAGGUGGCAGAGCUACAAGAGCACAAGUACGGUGUGGCUUGUGUGGCCUUCUCCCCCAGUGCCAAGUACAUUGUCUCCGUGGGCUACCAGCACGAUAUGAUCGUCAAUGUGUGGGCCUGGAAGAAAAACAUUGUGGUGGCCUCCAACAAGGUGUCCAGUCGGGUGACAGCAGUGUCUUUUUCUGAAGAUUGCAGCUACUUUGUCACUGCAGGAAACCGGCACAUCAAAUUCUGGUACCUCAAUGACAGCAAGACCUCAAAGGUGAAUGCCACCGUGCCCCUGCUGGGCCGCUCAGGGCUGCUGGGGGAGCUGCGGAACAACCUGUUCACCGAUGUGGCCUGUGGCCGAGGGAAGAAGGCUGACAGCACCUUCUGCAUCACGUCCUCUGGGCUGCUGUGCGAGUUCAGUGACCGCAGGCUUUUGGACAAAUGGGUGGAGCUGAGAACCACAGUGGCGCACUGCAUCUCUGUGAGCCAGGACUACAUCUUCUGUGGCUGUGCUGACGGCACCGUGCGCCUCUUCAAUCCCUCUAACCUCCACUUCCUCAGCACCCUUCCCAGACCUCACGCCCUAGGGAUGGACAUCGCCAGCAUUACCGAGGCCAGUUGCCUCUUCUCUGGAGGGACCAAUGCCAGGUAUCCAGACACCAUUGCCUUGACCUUUGAUCCCACUAAUCAGUGGCUGUCCUGUGUGUACAAUGACCACAGCAUCUAUGUUUGGGAUGUGAGGGACCCCAAGAAAGUGGGCAAGGUGUAUUCAGCUCUCUAUCAUUCCUCCUGCGUCUGGAGUGUGGAGGUCUACCCUGAGGUGAAGGACAAUAACCAGGCCUGCCUGCCUCCCAGUUCUUUCAUAACCUGUUCCUCAGACAACACCAUCCGCCUAUGGAACACAGAGAGCUCUGGGAUACAUGGCUCCACCCUGCACCGGAACAUCCUCAGCAAUGAUCUCAUUAAGAUUAUCUACGUGGAUGGGAACACUCAGGCCCUUCUGGACACUGAGCUGCUGGGAGGAGACAAAGCUGAUGGGUCCCUGCUGGAUCCUCGUGUGGGCAUCCGCUCUCUGUGUAUCAGCCCCAAUGGGCAGCAUCUAGCAUCAGGAGACCGGAUGGGCACACUUAGGGUACAUGAACUACAGUCCCUGAGUGAGAUGCUGAAGGUGGAGGCCCAUGACUCAGAGAUCCUAUGCUUGGAGUACUCUAAGCCAGACACAGGUCUGAAGCUGUUGGCAUCAGCAAGCCGGGAUCGGCUAAUCCACGUGCUGGAUGCUGGGCGGGAGUACAGCCUGCAGCAGACUCUAGAUGAACAUUCAUCCUCCAUCACUGCAGUCAAGUUUGCAGCCAGCGAUGGGCAAGUGCGCAUGAUCAGCUGUGGAGCAGACAAGAGCAUCUACUUCCGCACUGCACAGAAGUGUGGAGAUGGAGUACAGUUUACUCGGACACACCACGUGGUGCGGAAGACAACCCUCUAUGACAUGGAUGUGGAGCCCAGCUGGAAGUACACGGCCAUCGGCUGUCAGGACCGGAAUAUCCGGAUCUUUAACAUCAGUAGUGGGAAGCAGAAAAAGCUGUUUAAAGGAUCACAGGGGGAGGAUGGCACUCUCAUUAAGGUGCAGACAGACCCCUCAGGGACCUACAUUGCCACCAGCUGCUCCGACAAGAACCUUUCCAUUUUUGACUUCUCCUCAGGCGAGUGCGUAGCCACCAUGUUUGGCCACUCAGAGAUUGUCACUGGCAUGAAAUUCAGUAAUGACUGCAAACACCUCAUCUCUGUGUCAGGGGACAGCUGCAUCUUUGUGUGGCGCCUGAGCUCUGAGAUGACCAUCAGCAUGAGGCAGCGUCUAGCUGAGCUGCGCCAGUGUCAGCGAGGGGGCAAGCAGCAAGACCCAGCCUCUCCUCAGAGGCCUUCUGGACCCAGCCGGCCCCAGGCCCCAGUGGUGCUUUCUUCUGGACCAGCUCUCUCCUCAGACAGUGACAAGGAGGGAGAAGAUGAGGGUGCUGAAGAGGAAGGAUUGCCAGCUCUGCCCAUCCUUGCCAAGUUGGCCAAGAAAGAGCUAGCCACAGGGCCUGGCCCAGCCCUGCCUCGAAGCCUGUCCCACUGGGAGAUGAGUCGGGCCCAGGAGACAGCAGAACUCCUGGAUGCAGCUCCAGCAGCCAGUGUGGGACCCAGAAGAAGGGGGCGAUGGGCUCAGCCAGGUGUGCAGCUGAGUGUUCGCUCUAUGCUUGACCUGCGGCAGCUGGAGACCCUGGCCCCAACCCCUCAGAGGCCUAGCCAGGACUCACUAACCAUGCCCCGAUCUGGAGCUGGGAAACAUGGCCAGCAGGCCACUGAGGCCUCAUGUGCCAGCCAGAAUGCAAAGUCUCCUCGGCUUCAGGCUUCUCAGCCCUGUUCCUGCCCCCGCAUUAUCCAGUUGUUGUCACAAGAGGAAGGGGUCUUUGCCCAAGAUCUGGAGCCUUCACCCAUUGAAGAUGGAAUUGUGUACCCAGAGCCUAGUGACAGCCCCACGAUGGAUACCAGCAGUGAGUUCCAGGUGCAGGCCCCAACCCGAGGAACCCGGGGAAGAGUGUACCCAGGCAACAGGGGCUCAGAAAAGCACAGCCCUGAUAGUGCCUGCUCUGUGGAUUAUAGCAGCAGCCGCCUUUCUAGCCCUGAGCACCCCAAUGAAGACUCCGAGAGCACAGAGCCCCUGAGUGUGGAUGGCAUCUCCUCAGACCUGGAAGAGCCAGCCGAGGGUGAUGAAGAUGAAGAAGAGGAAGGAGGCGGUGGCCCCUUUGGGCUCCAGGAAGGCAGCCCUCGUACCCCAGAUCAGGAGCAGUUCUUAAAACAGCACUUUGAGACACUGGCCAAUGGGGCUGCUCCAGGAGGCCCGGUGCAGGUCCCAGAGAGGACAGAGUCUCGGAGCAUCUCUUCACGAUUCCUCUUGCAAGUGCAGACACCCCCUCACAGAGAACCGUCCCCAUCUUCUUCCAGCCUGGCAGUGAUGUCGAGACUUGUUCAGGUACCACAGGCAUCUGGUGAGCAGCUGAGAAGCAGUGGUGCCAGUCCCCUGGGAGCACCCCUGGAGGUGGAACCAUCCUCUGGCAACCCUGGUUCCCAUGAGGCAGCUCCUGUGCUAUUGCCUCGCCGUCGUCACAACCCAGACAGCAGCCGGGUCCCCAAGAGAGUGGCCACAGCCAGCCCCUCAGCUGGACUCCAGAAAGCCCAGUCUGUGCACAGUCUGAUGCCACAGGAUGAGGUACCUGCAUCAGGGCCCCUGCUCUCACAGGAGAGGGAGACCCUGCCCCAGGCUGAUGGACGUCCAUCUCGGCCGCACUCCUUCCAGAGCCCCACCACCAGUUCUGUGGCCAAGAUGGCCCACAGUAUUUCUGUUGGGGAGAACCUGGGCCUAGCAGCUGAACCUCAGGCUCCUGCUCCACUUCGAGUCUCACCACUCAGCAAGCUAACCCUGCCCAGUCGAACUCAUCUGGUCCUAGACAUCCCCAAACCACUGCCUGACCGCCCUACCCUGGCCACAUUCUCACCUGUAACCAAAGGCUGGGCCCCUGGUGACACAGAGCAGCCUGGCUCCCUAGCAGGCCUAGGAAAAGCUCACAUUCCACCUGAGAGGCAGGCCUGUGUGGGGGAGGGUACCACUCCCAAGCCGAGGACAGAGUGCCAGGCUCAUCUUGGGCCCAACAGCCCUGGUGCCCAGCGACUGCCAGUCAGCAGCCUCCUCCGACGCCCUGAGAACUUGCAGCCCCCACUCCCUGAGAAGACUCCCAACCCUAUGGAAUGCACCAGGCCAGGGGCAGCCCUGAGCCAGGACUCAGAACCAGCCAUGAGCCUGGAGCAAUGUGAACAACUUGUGGCCGACCUCCGAGGGAAAGUGCACCAGGCCGUGGGGCUCUACCGCUUGGUGGCCGGCUGCAAGACACCCUCAGCGGAACAGAGUCGAAUCACUCGGCUCCUCAGAGACACCUUCUCUUCAGUGCGGCAGGAGCUAGAAGGCCUGGCUGGGACUGCACUGUCCAGCCCAGGCAGCAGUCCUGGGGCUGUGGGAGCUGAGCAAACACAGGCCCUGCUGGAGCAGUACUCAGAGCUGUUGCUUCGAGCUGUGGAGCGGCGCAUGGAACGCAAACUCUGAGCUCCGGAGCCUGUCCCAAGUGAACACUCCCCAUUCCAAACUGGUUCCUCCUCUACUCACUGUAACCUGCGUGAUGCUUGGAGUGGACGGAGGGGCCAGCACUCAGUGGGGAAGCAGCUUUCCCAGCUGCUCCUCAUGGGGCCCUGUAUUUAUUAAUUUAUUUCCCUGACUGUGGCCUCAAUUCCUUGGAACUCCUGCCUCCACAGCCCCUGCAGGUGGCUCCUGGCAGGCAGAGGUCUUGAGUCUUUGUCAUCUUGGUGCUGUGAAGGGUAGGAGGGCAGCCUGCCCCUUCUGAGGGAUGCCGGGAAGGGCUGGCCCUCUCUUCUUAGAAGCCAUUUGAAAUUACUUCAGGGAUCAGCUCAUAAACAGGGUACUCCAUGGGGUAGAGGUGGGCGGUAAUGUGGUACUCAGUGCCACUAGCCAAAGGUGUGCCUUCACCUCUACUCCCACUCCCGUCCCACACAGCUGCAUGCUGCUGGCUCCCAGAGCAGGCUUUAUUUCUCCCAGCUCCUGGCAGCUCACCCCAGCCAUCAGGAGAGGAGUUGCUAUCAGGACCUGAGCCCCCACAUUCCACUCCCUUCAGCUCCUGAGAGCCCCUCCCCUCCUGGCUGGAGCCUGUGGAGCCAGCUGUGGGAUGUUGCUGCAGGACAGUAAAGCCCUCUGCUGGGCAGACACAAGCCGGCUUCUAGCCUUUCCUCAGCCCCUUAGCCUUCCUUAUCCUCCUGUCUUGGUCCCCAGUGAAGCCAAGGGCCACUGCAUCCCAAAUGACAUUGUCAGAAGCUUGGGUGGACUUCCCCUCGUGCUUUAGAGGCAGCCAACCCACCUGAGUACCUUGGCUGUGGGUGAAAUUAGUCCUCCCCACACAGCUGGGUGCUCAUUCUGGAGUACUUGGUUGGCUGUUGUGCCUGGGCCUCUCACAUUCUGCUUCAGCUUUACCACCCUGCCUGGCUUAGUGGAACUAUCAAGGCACAGAACGGAGUGAAACACUAAACCCAAAACACUGAUUCAUAGUGGCCCACAAACACCUACCUGGUCCUGGUAGAGUUAAUCUCCACAGAAGCAGUGCUGGCAAGGAGGGAGGCACAGGGGCCAAGAGACAGUGGCAGGUGGGAAGUGGCACAGGGAAGUGGCAGAGGUGAGGGGACAGAUUAGCAUUAAAGGGGCAGUUGUUAGGGAUGAAGGGAAGGAGAGGGCAUAGUAGGCCUGCAGGGUAGGACUAGGCAGCCAGCAGAUGGUGUAGUCAGGAUGAAGAACGUGUCUCUGGGCCCCCUGCUUCCCUCUGCCCCACGACAGCUGGACCACUGUGACCAUGGGUUCAGGCCCCACAACCCUGCAUGCACUCAGGCAUCGCCAUAGAUGCUAUGAA